AUGGCUGAAGAAACACGGUCAAGAUGGGAAGGAAAGGCCAGUGCUGAGCUGAAAGGGCCAACCCCAGACCAAGUGUGGCCAUUCUUGGAGGAUUUUUGCAAUCUCCACAAGUUGCUUCCCCUUGUCGACACUUGCCACCGAGUCGAGGGCAUCCCGGCCCAGCUUGGCCUUGUCCGGUACUGCACCUCCACCACGUUCGGCAACGAUUCCGACCUGUUGAAGCUCAAGUGGGCCAACGAGAGGCUCCUCAUGAUGGAUCCCAGCGAGAAGUGCUUCAGCUAUGAGGUGUUGGACAACAAUGAUGGGUUCAAGAAUUAUGUUGCAACAAUUAGAGUGAUGCCCAUGAAAGAUGGGGAUGGUAAGAUGGGUGGGUGCAUGAUUGAGUCGUCAGUCGUGUCUGAUCCAGUUGAGGGUUGGGGGCUCCAAGAAUUGUGUUCUUACAUUGAUUUUUUCCUUCAAUCAAUGGCCAAGAAGAUUGAAAGUGCAAUUCAAGAAGCUAGUGGGUGAAGGGAGAAAGAUGUCAUCUCUCUUCUUGAUUGAUUAUGUAUGCUUUAAA